GAGUCAAACAAGCAGCUGCAAGUAGAGCUGAUCUUCAUGGCUGUGCUGGGCAACAGGCAGGAAAAACGCACCCCUCCCCCCAGUACUACAAGGAGAGGGGUUGGGAGGUAGGAGAUCUAUACCCCAUGGAUGUUCUAGGAAGAAAGCUUUUGAACUUUAAUAAACUUUCAGGAGUCCGUAUAAACUGUGAAACCAAAGCCAUAGUUCUAUUUGGGUAAAAAUUAAAUUUCUUUAUCUAGCUAGAAAAUAUAAAAACACUAAUACAGCACCACCUUACAGAAAAACUCAUAUCCCUCUAAAAUCUGAAGGCCUCUCGCUCACCCCCAACCCUGAAAUAAGAUGGGCCUCUCAAUAACGGAUAAUAUUAAAACCUAGGAUCCCUGAGCUCCUGCCUAUUUUGUAGGAGUGGAAUACAAAGGGCUGGAUGGGAAAUGUGAAGCAUUUUCACUGAUAGUUUGGUCUUUUGCAGGGAAGCAAGGAGACAAACCCGUCACCCCCAGGAUAACUCUACAGCCCCAAGGCAUUUGCAUCAACCUUCUUGGUCUCAGAGCUGAUUGGCCUUCCUGGGCAUGACUUGUGAAAGGGGAUAACCCGAUCUUGGAAGGGCAUGUUCAGUUGGAUACAAGUUUGAGGAGACAGAGCCGUGGUCUAGGAGUCUUGGCUCAGCCCCGCGUCUGAAGUGCUCUUUGUCCAGCAACACCGGGGACUAGGCUUGGAGGUGAGGCUGGGAGAGGUCUAUUUCUGUGUCUGAGGAAGGGGGAAGGCAAAAAGGCUAAUGGGAAGUUUGGUCAUUUUUUUUUAAAGUAAAUUUUGAACUACUGGGUGCAAACUUCUGUGGUAGGUUCUGAGGACAUGGGUGGGAGCAGAGGAAACCCAGGGAAAGCAAAUGUGUUCCCCACUCUCCCACAAGCAGGCUUGCCAUUGCUGUCACCUAACGGGGGAGGCAGAUAUGGAUGCCAUUCUAAACGGAGAGGGGAGGGGACAGACAGGGAUUCCUGGGGAAGGCAGACAGCCUUCGACGUCCUGAGGUGAUGGUACUAAGGUCUGUGCAACUUGAAAGAGCCAUGGUGUCUGGAGUCCUUCCACCCGGCUAGGUCCAGCUCCAUCUCAUGAGAUCCACAGCCUAUGGUCUGGCUUUAUUACACCACUCAGAUCAGCAGCCCUUCCUCUCAUGCCUCAUACCCAGGGCCUGGAGGCAGCAGAUGUUGCGCCUUGCCUCCCAAUCACCCUUCAAAAUCAUUAACCUGGUUCAAAAGCUGUGUAAGUCUAUGUCCUCCUCAUUGUUGCACACAGUACUGCGACGGAAAUCCCGAGAGGUUCUUUAAGGUGGAGAACUAGAUAUGGAACUGCUGGGUGAUGGAGACGCAUGCAAUAAAUUAACAGAGCUUCCCGAGCUGCCACGUGAUCAUCAGUUUAGACUCACCAGACGCUUAAUGAAAGUACGUUGUUUUCUCAUAUCUCCCCAACCUUGCUAUGAUCAAACAUUUAAUAAGUGCCUACCUGAGCAGACGGAGUCUGCUGACCCAAAGGAAGAGGAGGAGGGGAUCUCGUCCCCUGAGGAGGAGGAGACUUGUGAAAUGAAAGAAGGAGAGGAAAGUACUCCACUCCAGGGCGAGACUUGUGAAAAGAAGGAUGGGAAAGAAGCCUUAUCCUUUAAGCCUAAGGAACAAGAGACCUUUGAAUCCCUGGAAGAAGAUGAACCAAUAAGCGUGUUUUCCCCUCCUUCUGUGUUUACUCCUCCCUCUGUGCUUCCCCCUCCAACUGCACCUACCCCUCCCUCUGUGCUUCCCCCUCCAACUGCACCUACUCCUCCCUCUGUGCUUCCCCUCCAACUGCACCUACCCCUCACUCUGUUUCCCCCUCCAAAUGAAUUUCCCCCUCCCAGAGUGUUUCCCCUUCAAUAUUUAAUUCCGUAA